AGGAAGCAUAAAGCCUUUGGGGGGCUUGUUCCUGGAGUCAGGGGUGGCAGGAGGAGGCUGGCAGGACCUGAGUAUGCAGAGUGUGUCUCCAGUGGUCUGCAGAGCCGGCUCCUGAUGCAAGAGACUCAGCUGGAGAAGAAGGUGGACAUGCUGAGGCAGGAGAAAAAGAAGCUGUUGGAGGACUGGGACCUGCUGAAGUCCCACUUGGAGGACUGGAAAGUGAUCUGUAAGGACAAAGAAGAAGACACCAGUGACCUUAAUUCCCAGCAACAACAGGAUCUCAAAAGAUUGGAGGAAAGACUUCAGUUCCUGCUGAAGCAGAAGGAGGUGUUCACCCCAGAAAGGUACGUGGCGGCAGAAAAUCUGCAGCAUCACUUUAAGGACUCCCAGAUGAGGUCCAAAAGUCUUCAAACUGAUCUGGAACCGACCCCAGCCCAGGAUGAGAGCCACCUGCAGAAGGAGCUGCUAGAGCAAGAGCCACCUGCUGAGCCCCAGCCCCAGCAACUACUGCACUCAAACUUCUUCCUCAAGUUUGGUUUCCCGUUUGGAAUAGGCCCUGAUGACGACUAG